AUGUCUACUCGCGCCCUCUUCCGACCCAUCUUGACGCAGCUUCCUCGUGCCACCCGACGUGGCGUCAUACCCACCGCUCACCCUCUCCUCGCACGAUCUGAAUGGAGCCCCGCUCAGUCGGCGCUACGCUCCUUCACAUCGUCGUCGAUCCAGUGGCGACUUCAGGACACCAGAAAGUUCGCCAAGGGCGUACCCAUUACGUAUGAAGAACUCAAACCCAUCACCGAGGCACCGAACGAUGUGAGUGUGCCCCUUGAGCUUGACGUGGCUGCUCUUGCCGCCCCACUUGGGCGUGUCCGAGCUCGACGACUUGUCUGCUGAUGCAUCGAUCGCUCUUUGUAAUAACCUGUUCAUCAAAUCCAGGAUAUUUUGUUGAUUGGUGAGUGGUUUGCUAUACCUUGUGUCGAGAUGGCAACCAAUCUCGCUCGUCGCUACGUCUGCUGAUGCUGAUUCCGUCAUCUUCCAUCCUCCUGGGACUCGUACAGAUGUGCGUGAGCCCAACGAGGUCGUCCAAGGCACGAUUCCUUCGGCCGUACCUCUGCCAUUGUCCUCGUUCGAGAAGUCACUCUCCAUGGACGAAGGUCAGCUUUGCCACUGCUUCAGACCGGAAGCUUUCUGGAGGGGCUCAGCUUGGGACAUGUCGUGCUCACCGAUUUGACUUUGGCUUUGAUCCGCAACCAGGUGACUUUGUCAAGGAACAUGGCUUCAAGAAACCAACCAAGUCGCAACCCAUCAUCUUCUUCUGCAAGGCCGGCGUUAGGGCCCAGACUGCGAUCGACCUUGCCAAGAAGGCCGGCUAUAAGCAGUCAGUCCUACCCACCGCAUGUGUUUGCGUGCCCCUGAACCCGAGAGGCUGACAUAGAUGUGACCACCUGGUUCAGAUUGAGAAACUACGAGGGCAGUUAUGCCGACUGGAUCGCAAAGGACCAGGCCAGCGCCCAUGAUGAUGACUGA